CGUACCAAGCCUCACUCGCCCACCCCUGUGAGCUGAGUCGCUGUGGAACCGGCCGCGGCGUUCGGGAAGGAGGCGCGUGGCCUGAGGGGGCGUGGCCGCGCCGGGGGGGGGGGCAGUCACGUGGGAAGAUGGACCCGGUGCUGUACGUGUUGGCCGCGGCGCUGUUGGCCGCCCUCAUCGUCUUUGCCACCCGGUUCCGGGGCCAGGCGCAGGCAGCUGACGAGGAACACCAGCGAAAUGUGGCAGCCGUGGUGGCCAGGCCUCGGCCUCACACUGAUGAGCGGGGAGAAGGGAUGCCCAGACGCCGAAGGAACAUGGGCAGCAGGAUGCUGGCCCAGAGGAGAGCACAACAGGCAGAAGAUGGGAUGGAAGAGGAAGAUGAUGGAGAUGAGGCUGCAGAAUUUCAGUCAUCUGGGAAAAUCGGAGCAAAGAAACAGAGGAAAUUAGAAGAGAAACAAGCCAGAAAAGCCCAGAGAGAGGCUGAAGAAGUAGAGCGUGAGGAACGGAAAAAACUCGAGUCAAAGAGAGAGGAGGAAAGGCGGAAAGAAGAGGAGAGAUUACGCCUUGAAGAAGAAAGACAGGAAGAGGAACAAAAGAAAGCAAAAGAAGAAAAGGAGCAGAGGGAGCACGAAGAGUACCUCAAGCUGAAGGAGUGUUUUGUAGUUGAAGAGGAGGGUGUCGAAGAAGCAAUGACCGAGGAAGAGUCCCAUAGCUUUCUAACGGAAUUUAUCAACUACAUUAAGAAUGCAAAGGUGGUUCUUCUGGAAGACCUGGCUUCCCAUUUGGGGUUAAGAACCCAGGAUGCAAUUAAUAGAGUACAAGACCUGAUGGCAGAUGGCACUCUAACAGGUGUGAUUGAUGACCGAGGAAAGUUCAUCUAUAUCACUCCAGAGGAGAUGACCGCAGUGGCUCAGUUUAUCAAACAGAGAGGACGAGUCUCCAUUGCAGAACUGGCCGAAGCAAGCAAUUCCCUCAUCAACCUCCAACCUGAGAGCAGAGCUGUCACUCAGAGCACGGCGUGAUAAUGCAUUUCACAGUGUGGGAAGAUACUGCAGUAGAGUAAUUUAAUAACACGCAGGUCAUUAAAAAAAAUCCCUGUCUAUUCAUAACCGUGAAAAAGAGAUGUGGUGAUUACUUCUAAACAUGAACUGCAAGACAUUAUCCAAUGUUUUGCUUCUCAAUUGAUUAGAGUAAAUAAUCAGAAUAAAAUGGAGCCACAUCUUCCUCCCCCCGCCCCCCCCCCCCCGACC